AUGGAUCUGAUCCACCGCGAUUCGCCUGAAUCUCCAUUCUACAACCCGUCGGAAACCUCGUCCCAGCGUCUAAGAAACGCUAUAAACCGAUCCAUAAACCGCGUUUUACGUUUCUCGGGCCAAGAUGCAUCAAUGAGCUCACCACAAAGUGAGAUAACCUUGUAUGGAGGUGAAUAUUUCAUGAAUGUAUCCAUUGGAACUCCUCCGGUUCCAGUCAUGGUGAUCGCCGACACGGGAAGCGAUCUCCUCUGGACACAGUGCAAACCAUGUAACACCUGUUACACUCAAGAUGAUCCUCUCUUUGACCCUAAUUCGUCUUCUACAUACAAAGGUGUUUCUUGCUCCUCAAGCCAAUGUCAUUCUAUUAAUAAAGAUGACAACACUUGUUCCAGAGAAGACAGCACUUGCACUUACGCUUUCCAUUACAUGGAUAACUCAUACACCAAGGGUAAUAUCGCUGUCGAAACCUUAACGUUUGGCUCGACUAAUAACCGUCCCGUGCAGUUCAAUAAUAUUAUCUUCGGAUGUGGUCAAAACGACAUUGGGACAUUUCAAAAGAAGGGCUCUGGAAUCGCCGGACUUGGUGCUGGUUCAGUUUCGCUCAUGUCGCAACUCAGCGAGUCGAUCCAAGGUAAGUUCUCAUACUGUUUGGUCUUUCCAACUUUAACAAGCAAUCCAACGAGCAAGCUCAACUUCGGAACCAAUGCUGUUGUGUCGGGAACGGGAGCUGUCUCAACUCCUUUGAUCACAAAAGCAGGAGAGCCUUUCUAUUACCUAACCCUAGAAUCCGUUAGCGUGGGAAGCAAGAAUCUCAAAUUCUCAAGCUCGGUUUCUGGAAGCGGCAAGGGAAACAUCUUCAUCGACUCAGGAACAACUUUUACAACGUUACCCACCGCAUUUUAUUCCCAGCUCGAAGCUGCGGUUGCGUCUUCAAUCAAUGCCGAGAGCAAAAAAGAUCCAGCGAGCGGUUUGAGUUUGUGUUACAACAUACGUGCGAGUGUAAAACCUCCAACCAUUACUUUUCAUUUUGAGGGAGCAGAUGUGAAGCUAGACGUUUUCAAUUCUUUUGUACGAGUCUCGCAAGAUUUGGUUUGUCUUGCUUUCAUUGGGAGGAAUGGUGUAGCUAUUUUCGGGAACAGGUCACAGAUGAACUUUCUUGUUGGAUACGACACUGUUUCUAAAAAGGUGUCAUUUAAACCAGCGGAUUGUUCUAAGCUGUAG